UUGCUAAAUUGCUAAACUAGAAAAUAAAAUACCACACAUUGUGUGUUUUUCUGUGACAUUAGAGACCUGUCAAUGUGAGCAGUAUAUUUUACAGUUGUUUAGAAAACUGCUGAGAAGGGCGGUUUCAGAGGUAACUAGGUAAACGGAAGUAGAAACGGUAGACCUAAACAUGGCGCCUUUGCUGGAUCACAAAAUUGGCGACGCUAUGUUAUCUUCUUUACCUUGGCGAUCAAAAUCGAAUCUCUUGACAUGUUCACUCCUUUUGCUUAUUUACCUGACGUCGCAUCCAGCCUUGGCCAAACCGAGCAGCCUCAAAGAGAUCACUGACGGAAACUGGGAAGACAUCUUGGCAGGGGAAUGGAUGAUUGAAUUUUUUGCUCCGUGGUGUCCGGCGUGCCAACAGCUCCAGCCGGUGUGGAAUGAGUUUGCCGACUGGGGUGAGGACAUGGGCGUCAACAUAGCGAAGGUGGACGUUACUGAACAGCCUGGUUUGAGCGGGCGAUUCAUCAUCACUUCACUUCCGACCGUCUACCACUGUAAGGAUGGUUUGUUCAGGAGGUACCAGGGGGCUCGCACCAAAGAUGACUUGCUAAGCUUUAUUGAUGAGAAGAAGUGGCAGGGCAUUGAGCCUGUGUCUUCCUGGUUUGGACCAUCUUCCUUCAUGAUGAACACAAUGUCCGCUCUCUUCAAGCUGUCAAUGUUCAUUAGGCAUUGCCAUAACUACCUGAUAGAGCAUUUGGGGAUUCCAGUGUGGGGCUCAUAUGUCAUCUUUGGACUGGCCACUCUCUUCUCUGGCCUCGUCCUGGGACUGAUACUGGUGUUCAUUGCAGAUUUUGUCUUCCCAUCACGACGAUUUAACUCCCCAAACUACUACCAGAAGAAACAGACGAUGGAACAAGCCAGGCUGAUUCAGCAGCUGGAGGAGGAGCAGGAGGCGGACGGAGAAGAGGAUGAUGAGGACGAUGAAGAUGGAGAACAGGAAGAUGUCUGGAGGAGGAGGAGAGCAUCUCCCGAGGGGCGUCCAGAGGAGGUGCUGCGAAAGAGGGUGGUGGGCAACCGUGAGGACCAGGAUGAGGACUCCUAGAGGCCUGGAGGGGAAUUGAAGAUGCCCCUUCAAACAGCGAGGAAGGGGAGGGGGCCUGGUUUGGGGCCUAAGCUUGUUUUUAUAAAGUGCCUCAGAAUAGGAGUACUGAUCUAGGAUUUUUUGAUCAUGAUAACUAAGAUGACAUGGACAGGUGGAACUGAUCCUAGAUCAGUACUCCUACUCUGAGGUGCUCUAUGAAUACGGGACCUGGUCCUGAGCAGCAGUAGUUUACAGCAGACGGCUUACAGAGCCCUAGCAACGCGCUGGCAAGGCCUCAGCAACGCCUUGCUUCUUCUCCCUUCAGCUUCACCGGGAGUGCCCCGUAUUCUGACCGCUCUGCUCUCACCACCAGCACCCUCCCCUGGAUUGGAGGUGCUACUGCAGACUCCCAACACCAUUAUCAUGUUCUUUAGGCAUCAAAUGAAGGAAACAGACAGGAACAGGAAGGGUUUAUCCAUGUCCAAUAUGAAAUGCUCCUUUUUCAUUUUCCGUUGGUAAACUAAAAAAAAUUGUUGUCCCUAAUGAACACAAAGCUGUUCAUCCUAUUUCUUUUGAAACUGAUCGAUUGGGUGGUUGAGGUUUCAAGGAAAAUUCCACCCAAAAAUAUUUUGUUUUUUGUUUUAUUAGUCCAUUGUUGACAUAGUCCCAAAAGAUAUGUAACUUUCAAAAUACAGAAAUCAUCCCCGUGUGAUGCAUUUAGCCUCAUAUGAGGCUACUUUUUUGCAUCAUAUGAUACAAACUGCGUCAUGCGGGGAUGAUUUCUGUAUUUUGAAAGUUGCAAAUCUUGAAAACUUGAGUGCUGACAGUCACAAAAUGUUUUGCUUAUGUCAACAAUGGACUAAUGAAACAAAUACCAAAGGAUUGUGUUUGGGUUGAGUUUACCUGAAGGUAUGGAGUGCACUGGAACAGGAUAAUUUUACCGCUUUGUGUGUUAUGCAUUUUUUUUUUUUUUUUUGUAUUCUACAUUAAUCCCUGUUUUAACAAAUUAUAUACAGCUUUUGAGCAUUAUUUCAUUGUACACUGUGUGUCCAAAACAUUAGGAACACCUUCCUAAUAUAGAGUUUCACCCCCUUUUGACCUCAGAACAGCCUCAAUUCGUUGAGGC